GGUAGCGCCACGAACUAAAAGUCCGGGCGCCACCGCGCGCCAGUACCGAGACCGCGAUCGUGGCGAGCGUACGCGUGUCGUCUCGUGCGUGCCGUGUGUGUGAGACGCGCGCGCCCCGCGGUUUUCACCGCGACACGGAACCACGGCUCGUGCGUUCCCCGGUUCCUCUCAUGCGUCGCGCCGCGUGCGAGCGUGCAGCGAGCGAUCGAUCGGUCCGCGCGGAAUCGCCGUUCGCCGUCCGCGACAAUCGUAAACGCGCGCGCGGGCGGAAGGUCCCCGUCCCGCCGCCCUUCUCGCGUGCCGUCCGCGCGGACGACCGCGUCGGGAGACCGCGUCGGUAACCGCUCCAGGAUUCGCCGAAGAACGAGGGAGCGGAUCUGCAGGAAUCUGCGAAUGGAUCGUCGGUGAAACGGGUUACGUGAUUCGUGACGAGACACUUUUAUCGUAAGAAAAAAAGGGGAUUCGCGGAGACCUCCCCUCCCUCCCCCGUGGUUAGACUUCUCGCGCGCGCGGAGAGAGCCAGUCUCUCGCGAGGAGCGGACGAGGGAGGAGUGAUAUGAGUGCUGAACGCAGGAUCUCACGUGACGUUAAACGGCGAUUGAGUGGCGAGCGGUUCGAAGGAAAUACCAUCGAGUGAUCGGCACGCGAGGAAGACCGGACGUCGCGGCGAGGAUCGGGAUUCCAAGAGAGGGAGAGAGGGACGAGAGGGCGCGUAGCAGCAGUGUGUUUGUUUCUUUUGGUUGCGUGAGGAAAGCGUAACCUACGCGUGCGGCGAGGGCCCGAGGAAAGUGAAGACGAGCUGGAGGACGGCCGGGUGGUAGCAGCCUCGAGGUGGGAAGGAAGGUGAAAAAAGAAGAUGACGCGGUGCCAUCCGAUCGUUCUCCUCGCCGGCCUGCUCACCGUCGUCCGCGCUCAAGGGCCGCCAUCGCCUGCAACAGCGGUCCUCGGUGGAACGGCCGAGCUGCCGUGCGACAUUCGUCCACCUCAUUCCAACGAUUCCGCUAUCUUGGUCGUCUGGUACAAGAGUGACAUCGUUCCGAUUUACAGUUACGACUUGCGCAGCAAGCACUCGGAAAAACCGUUGCAUUGGCAGGAUAAAGAAUAUCUCAGCGAUCGGGCGUUGUUCAGGACAACAACGGAACCAGCAACUUUGAGCAUUAACAACGUACAGGAUCAGGACGAAGGCGAAUUCAGGUGCCGAGUGGACUUUACCACAAGUCCGACUAGAAACUCCAGAAUUCAGUUGACGGUGAUAGUGCCGCCGCAGAAGCCGAACAUUAUCGACGAGCGCGGAAAGACCGUCCCAGCGGUGGCCGGCCCUUACGAAGAAGGUGGCGACAUGAGACUGCAGUGCCUCGUCUCUGGGGGUCGCCCCGAGCCUAAAGUGAGAUGGUGGCGCGGGGAGACGCUUUUAGAUUCUAAGGACGAGCCGGGCGAGUUUCCUGCUCUUCGUAGGAACACGCUGGUCGUUAGAGAAUUGUCAAGAGCUGAUCUCCAUGCGGUGUUUGAUUGUCAGGCAUCCAAUAACAAUAUCAGCCAGCCCGUGUCGACGUCGGUAGCGAUCGAAAUGCACCUGAGGCCACUGAAGGUGACGAUACUCAGCAGCGAGCACGCGCCCCUCAGCGCCAAUCGGAAGUACGACAUUAAUUGCAUGACGGUGGGUUCAAGGCCGCCGGCCAUGCUCUCCUGGUACAUGGACGGCAGGAAGCUCACCAAUUACACGGAAAAGGUGUCGCGGGAUGGUAACAUGACGAGUUCCAUCUUGUCGUUUCAGCCUACUCUGUCACAUCACGACAAAGUUGUCACGUGCAGGGCUGAAAACCCUAAAGUCCACGGCGGUGUAGCGGAAGACACGUGGAAGCUGAACGUUUUUUUUGUCCCAAUUCUGCACCUUCAGCUCGGUUCGAACAUGAACCCGGAUGACAUCGAGGAAGGCGAUGAUGUAUACUUUGAAUGCAAGGUUCAUGCGAAUCCGGGUGCCUACAAAGUCGUGUGGAAACACAAUGGCAACGUGAUUCAGAAUAACGCGAAGAACGGCGUGAUAGUCCAGCAAUACGAUUUGGCACUCAGAGAGGUGAAUCGGUCCCAGGCCGGAAAUUACACCUGCGUCGCCAGCAACGUCGAAGGCGACGGCUACAGCAACAUCGUGGAGCUUAAGAUCAUGUACAAACCGAUCUGCGUGCCGGAUCAAAAGCGAAUCUACGGGGUGGCGAGGCACGAGGACGCUCAUGUGAUAUGCAGAGUCGAGGCGUAUCCGCCGCCGGACAGCUUCCGCUGGGCCUUUAACAAUACGGAGGAGCAGGAGGAGGUGCCGCAGUCGCGUUACAAGAACUCGACCAGACAUACCCAGAGCAUCCUCGAAUACCGGCCGGUCACGGAAAUGGACUACGGCACCGUGCUCUGCUGGGCGAGCAACACGGCCGGCCAGCAGAAGAAUGCCUGCAUAUUUCACAUCAUUCCUGCGGGCAAACCGGAAGCCCCGUACAACUGCACGCUGACCAACCAGACCACCGAAUCGCUCUCGGUGGAAUGCACCGCUGGUUUCGACGGUGGUCAGCCUCAACACUUCCUCCUUGAAGUGUUCGAUCAGCACACGGGGGUCCUACAGGCCAACGUCACGUCCAGAGAGAAUGCGGCUUUCACCGUGCAGGGCUUGGAGCCGGGCAAGGUACUGAAUAUGAUUCUGUACGCGGUGAACGCGAAGGGGAGGAGCGAGCCGACGCUGCUGGAGGGUUUCACGCUCAAAGUCGCCGAGAAGCAGACUGUGCGCGUUUUGUUCACAGGUACUCCGGUGCCCUUCGAGUUCACCCCGUUACUCGGGAGCCUGAUCGGCGUGGUCGCCGCACUCCUGCUCAUCACCGUCGCCAUCCUGGCCGCCCUGAGAAUGAGGAGCGAGAGGCGGGCUCAAAGGCCGGGCGAUUUACCUCUAAAGAAGGCCACCGCACCGAGUUCGGAGGACCUUUACGACGCGGACGACAGAAAUCCGGACGUCGUGCCGACCAACAAAGAUUCAGAUUAUCAGCUGACCGGCUCGACUUCCGGCACACCGUUGGCAACGCAAAACACACCGGAUGGUCUUCCACCGUCGUCCCUUCCGACCCAGCAGACGAAUAAUCACCUGCAAGGACUUCCCGCCUAUUCGCAUAACGAAUAUACCAACUAUCCAACCUUGCCGUUAUCCGGGGAGGUGACGUACGCCGAGCUGUGCCUAGCGAGACCCACCACCCUGUCGACCCUGGCGACCGACGCCAAACUGGCUAGUCUCGGCGGCGGAGUUGGCGGUCUGAGUGGUCUUCAGGGUUACGGCGGCGGUCUCGGGGUGAUCGUGGGCGGCAAGCCGUACACGAAGGAAGCCACGGUCUACGCCUGCAUCGACCACAACGCCAGGCCGCCGAAACUGGACGUCCCCAACGCGCCGUCAUGCGCGACCACCCCUCUAACGACGGCGAACGUGCUCCAGGAUUCCACCGUCGCCACCGUCAUGAGCGGCAAGCAGCACCACCCGACGAGAGAGGUGGUCACCGUCCGCACACCCCUGAUCUCGACCCAAGAGAGCUGCGUAUAGGGACGCGAUUCCGACGCGCUCAACGUCAACGAGUACUACGUCUGAUAUGGCCGCCGGCUCGUGGCGAUCGUGCGCGUCUUCGUGGUGCGCGACCUUUCGAUUCCUGGACUUGCGCUGCUCUCCCAGGUAACGUCCUCGAAUUCCCGGGAAAAGGUAUACCUAAUGUGAAUUAUGAGUUUCGUCCGAACGCGAGGCAAUCACGCGCACGUCGAGCGACGUGAUCGCUCGUCUUCAGACGUUACGGGCUUUCGUCCGACGACGAGUGGCAGCGCUCGUGUCUGAAACGGACGAACUUUCUGAUCGUGACUGACGACGCCGUACAACGAGGAAAAUGAUCGGGUAGCCGCCGCUUCGGUAAGACUCACGUGAAUGCACCGAGGAUAAUAGAACGAAAGAGCUAGAUGUCUUUGUACCGCUACCUACUUGCACGGUUUGCGAUCCUAUCAAGGUAGCUAAUGAUACGAACGUUCAGGACUGACCAAAUAAUCUUGAAGAAUACAUAUCGAGAGAUUCCAAUAUCGGAUAACGUGCAGCAACCAAAUUCAUUCGUUUCGACAUUCCAUUGUGUUCCGAGUACAUAUGUCAUAUGAAAAAUCUACGAAAGAGAUAUAUCAAGUUUAUCACUGCCCAAUUUUCAGAUAUUCCAUUUAGCCUCGGCAAGACAUGACGAAAGUACGCCAGAACAGUUUAGUAAAAUUUUAAAAUGAAUUCCGUGACCAACAGCAUUUUUAUUGAAACAAUG